AUGGAACUCUCAUAUGUGGACGCCCGAGUGGUUCGCGAGAUCGACGCAGCCGCUGCGGACGGCGUGGCCUUCCGCGCAAAGACGAACCACGUGCAUAGCACGUGGGCGCGCACUUUCUCAUCACGUCCAGAGCUAUACAUCCAGCCACAGUCCAUUGAAGAGGUCGAGAAGGCGAUCAACCUUGCGCGGCGAUGUCGGCGGCGCAUCACUACCGUCGGGUGCGGCCAUUCACCCUCGGAGUUGACUUGCACCUCUAGCUGGCUGAUCAACCUGGACAACUUCAAUCGGAUCUUGUCAGUGGACACGCAGACCGGGAUCACUGUCAUGCAGAGUGGUAUUCGUCUGUACCAGCUCAGUGAGCACCUGGAUCGGCUGGGUCUGGCGAUGAAGAACCUCGGUAGCAUCAAUGAGCAGUCGAUUGCGGGCGUUAUCUCGACCGGCACUCACGGCAGUAGUUUGCUUCAUGGCUUGGUCUCAGAGAGCAUUCUUUCCCUCAAAAUCACCCUAGCCGAUGGUAAGACGAGAUCAUGCUCGAAGACAGAGAACGAGGACCUCUUCCGCGCCGCGCUCCUUUCCCUCGGUGCACUUGGCAUCAUCACAGAGGUCACAUUCAAAGCCGUACCAGCUUACAGCCUGAAAUGGACGCAAGUCAUCGAUGCAGACACCAAGAUGUUCAACACCUGGUCCAACUCCCUCUGGCCGCAGGGCGAGUUCGUGCGCGUGUGGUGGUUCCCCUACAUGCGUAAGUCGGUCGUCUGGGCGGCCAACAAGACGGACGAGCCGCACCGCGACCCGCCGACGAGCUACUACGACGGCUCCCUGGGCUACUACGUGUACCACAACCUGCUGUACCUGGCGCACUACGCGCCGCGCAUCCUGCCGUGGGUCGAGUGGUUCGUCUUCGGCAUGCAGUACGGCUUCGCCAACGGCAGCACCGUCUCCGGCAUCCAGCCCAGCCGCAAGGCCCUGCUCAUGAACUGCCUCUACUCGCAGUACGUCAACGAAUGGGCCAUCCCGCUGCGCAGCGGGCCCGAGGCGCUGCGCCGUCUGUCGAGCUGGCUGAAUGACCUGAAGCCGGGUGAUAGGGACUACGUAGCGCACGGCAUUCCGUUCUCGAACAAGGGGCUGUAUGUGCACUCGCCCGUCGAGGUGCGCGUCUCCGAUACGAGCCGGACGGAUAACAGCCGGCCGUUCCUGGAUCCAACUUGCCCUGACGAGCCGACGCUCUACCUCAAUGCCAUCAUGUACCGCCCUUACGACAUGGAUCCGCCGUGCCGCGAUCGUUACUACGAAGGGUUUGAGUGGCUGAUGCGCGACCUGGGCGGCAAGCCACACUGGGCGAAGAACUUCGACGCUAACACGGGCGAGAUCGAGGCGCUGUAUGGAGACGACCUGACGCGAUGGCGACAGGUGCGCGACAAGUCCGACCCGGAGGGCAUGUUCGUCGGCUCGUGGCAUAGAAGGUUCGUGCUGGGCGGUGCGCCGUUGCCACUCGAGGAGGUUGAAGUGGAGAGGGAGACGCGGCCCAGGAAGGGGACCCUGUACUACGGUGCAGAGACGGAGUUGCUUGAGAAGAGGAGAAGAUGA